ACACCCCAGGGAGAGUGACAAGAGUUCCGCCAACAUGUCUGCCGCCUCGAUCUCGCUGGACGAUGUGGCGGUGGAGGUAGCCCAUAACGCUGGAGACUCUUCCAAUCACUUCAACGAAGGAACGAGCGAAGGUCGUGUAGAUGUCGGCAUUCAUCCAUUGGUCUUGAUGAAUCUGUGUGACCAUUGGACACGCGCCGCAGCAAUUGCUUCGCCAGGGAAUCCUUCCACGAAACCCGUGGUUGGCGCUCUGUUCGGGGUCCAAAAGGGACGUGAAAUUAACGUCAUUGACUCGUUUGAGCUCCCGUCGGCACUGGAACUCAGUGAAUCGGACUCGAAUUUGACGUUGAAGGCCUUCUUGACCCAGCGAACGGAGCAGUUCGCCACCGUGUUUCCAGGGUUCGAGUUCCUUGGGUGGUACGCCGUGCAAAGCAAAAUUCAGGCGUCCGACCUGGCAACCCACCGCACAAUGAUGGAGUUCAACGAGUCCCCACUAUUCCUCGUGCUGGACCCAACGCCGCCGCCCCCACAGCCCAAAGAUCGCGCCAAAGUAAAGCUCCCACUGGCGCUCUACGAGUCGGAAUUGCACGUUGUGAACAACACCCCCACGAUGCUGUUUGUCAAAGCCCCGUUCAAGAUGACCACAACCGAGUCGGAAGGCAUUGCGCUGGAUCACAUUUCAAAAGUCGCACCGACCAAUGCCCCGACGCAGUCUUCACUACACGGGACUUUGGGGUCGUUGCGCGAUGCCAUUCACAUGUUGGACAAGCAGUUGGGCGUCCUGCGGCGCUUUCUGGAAGCGACAAAGAAUGGUGAGAUUCCUGUUGACCACGCGCUGCUGCGUCAAGUUGCGAGCAGCUGCCAGCAGCUCCCAGCUAUGAAAUCUGCUCUGUUUGACAUGGCUUUCACACGGGAAUUCAACGAUACUCUGUUGGUGACGUACUUGGCGACGCUCACCAAGGGAAUGGCGUGCACAAACGCAGUCCUGGACAAGUUUUCAAUUGCUCAUGACCGACCUGCGCGCUCGUUGAUGUAGCUUCACGGUCAUUGUGACCGAGUCUUGAGCAAUAAUUUGAUUCCUUCAUGCUGCACCUGA